CCGGCGGUUCCCGGGGCGGGCCGGGGCUGAGGGCCGGCUGCGGGGUGACAUCUACGUCUGUGUAUGGAGCGGCCAUGCUGACUCCCAGGUGAUGCCAGCCCCUGUACCGUGCUGACCCCCAGGUGAUGCCAGCCCCUGCCCCGCUGUCCUGGCCCACUGAGGUGUGACAGCAGCACCACGGCGGGGCUGGCCCGGCCCACGCGCUGCAGGGUGGUCAUCUACCUCCAGAAGGACAUGUCGGGGGACACGUGCCUGGGCAGUGCCCUGUGCCCAGCCGUGGGCCACAAGCCCAAGGCCAGCGGGCUCAAGGGUGGCAGCCUGGGGAACAAGUACGUGCGGCUCAACGUCGGGGGCUCGCUGUACUACACCACGGUGCAGGUGCUCACCAGGCAUGACACCAUGCUCAAGGCCAUGUUCAGCGGCAGGAUGGAGGUUCUCACCGACAAGGAAGGCUGGAUCCUUAUAGACCGUUGUGGGAAGCACUUUGGAACAAUUUUAAACUAUCUCAGAGAUGACACCAUUGCACUUCCAAAACACAGGCAGGAGAUCAAAGCGUUGAUGGCAGAAGCCAAAUACUAUCUCAUCCAGGGCUUAGUGGACAUGUGCCAAGCAGCCCUGCAGGACAAGAAAGACUUGUAUGAACCUGUCUGCAGCAUCCCUAUUAUCACCUCUCCAAAAGAAGAGGAAAGACUGAUAGAGUCAUCAAUGAAACCUGUUGUUAAACUGCUGUAUAAUAGAAGCAACAAUAAAUAUUCCUACACCAGUAACUCAGAUGACAACCUGCUGAAGAACAUCGAGCUGUUUGACAAGCUGUCCCUGCGCUUCAACGGCAGAGUGCUGUUCAUCAAGGAUGUGAUCGGGGACGAGAUCUGCUGCUGGUCCUUCUAUGGGCAGGGCCGCAAGCUGGCCGAGGUGUGCUGCACCUCCAUCGUCUACGCCACGGAGAAGAAGCAAACCAAGGUUGAAUUCCCCGAGGCACGAAUUUACGAAGAAACACUGAACGUGUUGCUGUACGAGACACCCAGAGUCCCAGACAACUCACUGCUGGAGGCCACGAGCCGCAGCCGGAGCCAGGCCUCGCACAGCGAGGACGACGAGGGCUUCGAGCUGCGCGAGCGCGUGCGCCGCAUCCACGUCAAGAGGUACAGCACCUAUGACGACCGCCAGCUCGGCCACUAGCCUGUCCCUGUCCCUGCAGCUCGGCCACUAGCCUGUCCCUGUCCCUGCAGCUCGGCCACUAGCCUGUCCCUGUCCCUGUCCCUGCAGCUCGGCCACUAGCCUGUCCCUGUCCCUGUCCCUGCAGCUCGGCCUGCCCAGCUCACCUCCUCGUCCUUGCAGGGAUCCCUGCACGCUGCCCGUCCAUCUUCACCGGGCGCCUCAGCUCCCCUGAGAAGCGAACGGGGAUUUGUGUGCACAAAGCAGCACUAAAGGCUUGGAGAACUGAGUUGUGCACUUGUGCUUUACCUGCAGACUGGCCCCUCUUCCUGCUGGGGAGAGGAGAUUUGGAGCACUGGUUCUCAGUUUGUGGUUGCUCUUUCCUAUCUAAUGCUUUGCCAGUUUCCCCCUUGCCAUAAGCAGCGCUGCUCUUCCUGACUGAAUGGUGCCGAUUGAAAAGCUCUCUCCAGACUGCUCCCCUUUCAGGGCUUUGUGUCAUGGAACUCGCAGUUAUUAACUCAAGAUACUGAAGAGAGGACUUGCAUGUGGCUGCUCUUGGCAGACACUACAGGGAAUAACCCCCAGGAGGAACAUUGAGCUGGCCAGUCAGCUGCACCUAUGCUCUCCCACCCCUGUCCCCAGAACACCUGCAAAGGUUUAUGUUCCAGGAUAGUGACUUUAAAACUCUUUGAUUCCAAGGCAAGCUCUUCCAAAGUGCUAAGAAUCAAGUCAUCAGCCCUCCUCAUGUGAAAAAUGGAAGUCUCUGAUGUAGGUAAUGACUUGUCCUGGGAGAGGGGGAAAUGGGUUUGGUGAGGGAAGAAGCCUGAAGUAAGCAAACACGAGCAGAUUGUGGCAGUGUUGCCCUGGCUGAACCUUGUCACAGUGAAAUCCUGUUUAUAUAAACAAGGGCAAUCUGGGGAAUUGGUUUUACAUUAGUUUCCUCCUGUGGCCUAGAAGUGCUAUUUAAUGUUAAAUUUCUCAAGCAGCAGGAGAAAAUUGCAGUGGCUGGAGAAGUAGAGGCUAAACAGUGUUUUCUAAGGCUAGAACAUGUGAAUUCAAGUUCUGUGUCCUGAAUCCCUUCUGGAGUGUAGAAGUUGAAGAAGAAAAACAACUGUGAAAAUCCUGUUCUAAUGUGGAACUACAGGAGGCUUUGGGCAUAGGAGAGAGGUGGCUUAUGCUGGAUUUUAAACUGAAAUAAUCACUUUUAUUGUGAGUGUUUGGCUGGGUGCUGAUUGUACAGGGCACUUCAGGAGGUGGGAGUCAAGUCUGCUCUGCAAAUGGAAAUUUCUGAAAAUUUUCUGGAAACGGUUUCAGGUUUAUUAUGAAAAUCCAUUAUUGUAUUUUUAAACAUUUGCUUGUAUGUUUGAGCUGUAGGUAGCAGCUUUGCCACUGUCAUCCAUGGUUAUUCCUGCUGGCUGCCCGUUGGGAGUCAGGGAUAUGUUGGGUAUGUUCCACAGCUGCCUUUGUGCUCCCGUAUCAUACUUGGUCACAAAGCUCCAGAUUCCACAAUGGUCAGUCCUGAACUGCUUUGGCCAGUGCCAGAUCUACCUGUAAGAUUUAAAGAAAUUUACUGCAAAAGCCUGACAAGAAAAUAAUCCCAAAUUACUGCAGGGAGUUCAUAAGGAGAAUUGAAAUGUAGGUGGUUUGGGCGUAAUAGAAGCAGGAGAGGGAACCAAAAAUUAUUUGCACUCAUUUAGGUUUUUCAAAAUUAAAUUGUUGUGGGUUGAUAAAAAACCACUAACAGACUUUCAGGAUUUUCUUGCCAGUACACGUGGCAGGAUUCACUUCAUUCUUCUCACAUUCAGGAAGCAGCAUUGCACAGGGAUGCACCUGCCUUCUUGUGAAAGGCCUCUUGAAAUUUCUAGUAAUCCUAACAACCUCUUUUAUACUGCUUUCUGUAAGUUUUUGUUUUCCAGCUGGUUAUUCUGUUGUGCCAGGGAAAAUAUAGCUGUUGAGAUUAGUUUCAACAAGAUUUUUGUGGUAUUUCUCUCUAAUUCUGUUAGAGUGUGAUGUGGAUUUUAAAAUUUUUUUCCCCUCCACUGAUGCUAUUUAAUUUGAAAGCACCAUCAGAGGCUGCAGUGAUGGGGUCUUUGUGCUGCAUUUAAUAGUUUCAAGUUAUUAUCUUGUGCUUUUUCUGUCUUGUAACAACGGCUGAUGCCAUUUAGAAAACACAUGGCACUUCUGUUUCUUGGCAAGUGUUUUAUAUUAUUUUUUUCUUGUUACUAUUGUAGUGAAUGUUAACAGAGUAAGUAAGCGAUGCUGAUAGCCUUGGAAAAACUGCAUUUAAACGAAGUGAUAAGCAGAAAAAUGUCAUAUUUGCAUUUAUUUUUUUGGGGGAGGACAGAUAUGGGAAGGAGUGUGUGAUAGAGAAUGUCAGAUCCAUGUGCUGCUCCAGAGGCUUUCUGUACUCACAGGAUUCAUUAAUGAAGUGGAUCCAACUUGUGAAGUAUAACACCGUAAGAAGCAGAGAAAAGCUGGUGUUUUGGUUUAGUUUUCCUUUCCCUAUUUCCCACAGCCAACAAGUAGUAUUAAUUUCUGAUUUGAAUUUAAAUUAAUUAACCUGGGAAGCAAACAGUUUUGAGAACCAUCUGGGUUGUGAGAAUCUUUUACCAAAUGCAAAGGAUCUUCCUGGUAUUUGUGGAAUGUGGAGCAUCAGUAAGAACUGUCAGCAGUUGUGAACAUGUUUAAAAUACGUGCAGAUUAUCCUUUUAAUUUCACUCUGGUUCCUCCUGAGUCCUGUUUGACUGGCGUGCUCCAUGGGGUAUCACUGGAUAUCCCUUGCCCCAGAAUCAUGCCCUGGGGUUGUCCAAUCUCUGUCCAAGCAGGUUCUGAUCAUUUCGAGGACUGAAGUUGUGAUGUAACAUGUGCUUUGUAUUCUCACCUUAAUCAGUCUUUACAUAAUUGAAGGCUAUUCAUUAUUGUGACAGGAGUGUUCUAGACAUUCUAAAACAUGAGUUUACAGCCUGGUGUAGUGCAGAAGCAGCAGCAGUGAGCAGAAUGAUGCAGUUUAAAGGCAGCAUUGGCUUUGCAGUGAGCUCUCCAAGGAUCCUCUCUGCUCAGAUUCAGCACAGAUUAAGACAAUACAGGCUUCUAAUUAUAUUCAUUUGUCUGUAAGUUAGACUUGUACUGGCUUCCACCCAGACCAUCAGCAGUGGGUGCACUAAGGAUGUGACCAGGAAUUUGGAGUAGCCUUUGGGAGAAAAAAGAGCCUCUGCCCCACUUAGGGUGUGCAUUAUAACAACAUUAGUUGUUCUUACAGCACUCCUGUGCUCUUCACUCCUAAAUGUAGUCAAACCUUUGUGCAUUCAGGCACUGCCUCGGCGGAAGAGGGAGUGAAUGGGAGCCUUUCCCUGCCGAGGCUGUGCCAAAGGGCCAUGGGAAGUUUCCCAAAGGGAGUGCCAGUGCCCUGGCUCCCUGUGCAGGGAGGGAGGCUCUCUGUGUGACACUGCCUGCUGGGCAGGAGCUCUCUAGGAUCCUGUCAAUGAGCCAGCAGGGUCAGAGGAGAGAGCUCUGCAGGGCUCAGCUCCAGCCACUGCUCAACUCUGAGACAGCAGUCCCUGCUUAACUUUCACCUUGACAUUUUGGGUUUUGAGCAAAAUGCUGAGAUGUUCCACUCCAGUGACUUUCAUCUUUUGCACUUCUUGGUUAAAAUAGAAAAUCAGUGAUGGACAGGGAGGGUGUUGGAGGGACUGUGCUGUCCCUGAGAGCUGUGUUUGAAUGGACAUUGCUGGCUGUGGGCUUGGUUUGAUUUUGUUCUUCCCACGGUUUUCCAUUUCCAGACAGAAUUGUCUCCAGGCAAUACUGGAUGGGUCUGCCCAGCAGCUGCUGCCUUACACAAUCAGGUUGUGUUCUGUGACAAUCCUUGCAUUCAGUGCUCACAGCCACCUUUUCCCUGUGCUGUGGGAGAGCUCAGGUGUGCCUGGGAGGUGAGUCCUGCUCCAGCUCUGUCCCUCCCUCAGGUACACAGGGCAGGCUCUGUUUUUUGUGUGGCUGUCACUUCUCAUCCAAUGGAACAGUAGUAAGACCCUCCCCUACCUCACAGGAUGGCUGACACUUAAUUUGUUUAUUAAGAGUAAAGGAUUCUUUUGGAUUUCUAUGAUAUUUUAUAUCCAGAGGAUAGCAAAUAUGAUUGCUCAUCUUGUUUAAACUGAUAUUCUGUGAUCAAGUUAUUUUCUUAGAGAUUCAAAUCUUAGAGAUUUGUUUUAUUUUCAUGUAUAACUUUUAAGGGUCAGUUUUACAGACAAAGUACCUAGUUAAUGCAGUAAUUAAUCAAUUAUCUGUUGAUUAAAGUGUUUCCCCAGUGCAUUAAAUGGAAAUAGAACACUAAUUUUUAAUAAAGUGUUAUAUUUUGUCUUCUG